CAUGUUUUAAAUGUUAUAUUACAUGGUUACCAAUGCCGGCGUUAAAAUACGGUGCAGUAUGUAACAAGGUAUCGGUCCCUCAUGUUAAAACACAUGUGAGAUGUUGAUUUAAAUGAUAUGAUAAUAAUUGGCAGUAAAUUUUGAAUCGUGUUUUUAAGAUGCUUUUCAAUCAAACUGGGAAAUAUGCUUUUAGCAAGCUAAAAAUCGGUGUGAUGGCUGUUCUCGGUGGCGGUGUGAUCUUUUACAAUCCACUCGUUAACUCAUUAGGAUUGUCUUCCAAUGAAAAAUUGCAUUCAUUAAAAAGUGCUGAUAAUAAACUUGUGGCAGUCCCAUACGAUCUCCAUCAAUUCGCAGACGACAUACGUAAAGACGUGAAAAUGCUAGAGAAAAAAAAGAUGGCAAUCAAAUUUUUUAUCGUCAAAUCAUUAGAUGUCAUAACACUUGGUUAUCUGGACAUGGCUCAUGGAGCUAGAGUUGGAUUACCAUAUACUUUUAUUUAUGAUAAAGAAGAAGAUGUUGACCCAGCAGUUGUUACCUCAAUCGUUGGUGAGAAAAGAUUCAUUGACCAGGAUUGGUACAAAUCGGAAAACGGUCAAAAGCUAAUAAGAACAAUCAUAUUGAGCAAAGAAGCUCGCAAAUUCGCCAUUGCUAGAGGUAUAAUUCAUGCAGAUUCUAUAGAAGCCAUUCUCAUCGAUUUCUUCACCCUGUUUAUGGUUGCCUCAACCAUCGCUGCGUACAGCCUUAUGGAAUCUAAAAUGAUUUUAUUAUUUGGUAAAGCUGCCGGCUUGACGAUUCUCUCAGUUAUUUUAGCUUGCACAUUAAUACCUGUCUUUGUGACUAUUAAAAGUAUAAUAGCUCACGAUUGUAUGAUGCGUUCUGAUGAUCGAACCUUGAAACAACCUAAUAAUGACUACAGAUUAGGUGCUAUUGAAUAUUAUGAAAAGCUGAUUGAGCGUAAUAAACUUAUGCGAGAGCUUCUCGUUGAUGGUCCUGAGCGUUAUAAUGAAGAUGGUUCCCCAUUUGCAGCUUUCAAGAAAGUUGUCAUACCACUUAAGGACAGGUUAACUAAUUGCAAAAAUGUGAUUGAAGAAUGGGAAAAAGAAACUCCUGUGAUAAUUCAAGAGUCGCUGUGAUUAAGAUUUAAUUAAAAAUUGGUUUCUUCGUUUGGACUGCAACCAGCCAUUUGACAGUUAUUUCAUGGAUCAUCACAAUUUUCAUGAUUCAACCAAUUCCGAUGUCUAUAAUUGAAUGAACAAGGAAACGAUUCACCAUGAUAGAAAAUAGAUUUACAAUCUUCUCGUGAUUUUGCCAAAUUAUAAUUUGCUUAUCAUUAAGUCUCUCAUUAAUUUGGGCGAAAAAAGACUAUUCAUUGUGUUCAUUAAUGGUCUCUAUUGGUUUGAUUGAGCCCAUCAAUCGAGAUUUAUAUCGAGAUGCCAACUCUGAGCGAAACAUGAAAAUGCUCUUUAGCUUCAAUCAAGACAAAUGCAAUCAUCGACUUUUAAUUUUCCAAUCAUCUUGAUGUUAGCUAUGAACAAUCGAUAGCUAACGAGAAACGGCAUCAAUCAUCAGUUAUCGAGAAACAAAGAAUCAAUUCAUGAGAUGAACUUUCGAGUCCUUGGAUAAAACAAAUUGCGAUUCAAUAACUGAAAUCAAACUGUAGAAAAAUAUCAAUAAAUGUAACUUUAGAUAUAAAAUUUA